CUAAAGAUCUAAAGGAGGAGGAACAGAAUCAACAGCCUCCACUCAGCGGGCGCACGCGCUCGCUCGCGCGCUUAGCCCGCCUGCACACUGCUCAUGGAUUUGGCGCGCUCAGAAGUGUAUUCAGCGGACAUCUCGGCGCAAGUGGUUUGUGUUGACUUCUCGCUCUUGAUGCUGAGGACUGCUCGGAACUUACGCUAAAGAGAGAUAUUAUUUAUGAAACCAGCAAGAAAUGAAGAUGAACCUCGUAAACAACUGUUUGGCUUUCCUCGUAGUUUGGCACGCGCACGCGGUCAGCGGGAGACAUGCACACUGUCACUUUCUGUAUGAGCUGCAGAUGGCUGAGAAGGAAUGUUUGGGCUUGCUGGCAGAUGGGCUGCCUCCACACACUAAAGGUUGCAGGGGGAUCUGGGACAAUAUCUCUUGCUGGCACCAUGCAGAUAUCGGGGAGGUGGUGGUCAAUACUUGCCCUGCUGCCCUAAAAAAUUUGUUCACCAGAGAUGGCAUCAUUAGCAGGAACUGCACUACGGAAGGCUGGUCCGACGUGUAUCCCAGCAUCAACAGCGUUUGCUCUGAGCCCACCCCCAAUCCAAGCAAGCUUGUUUUCUACAUGGUGAUGAAGACCCUUUACACACUCGGACACAGCCUCUCUCUCAUCGCACUCAUCACCGGCAGCACCAUCCUCUGUCUGUUCAGAAAACUCCACUGCACCAGGAACUACAUUCAUCUGAACCUGUUCUUCUCGUUCAUUCUGAGGGCCAUCGCUGUCCUGGUCAAAGAUGCCAUUCUGUUUUCCCACCAGAAUGUAGAAUGUACAAAGCAGCCAUCACUGAUUGGUUGCAAGGCCAGUCUGAUCAUCUUCAACUACUUCAUCAUUGCAAACUUCUACUGGUUGCUGGUGGAAGGACUGUACCUACAUACUCUACUGAUGGUCAUCUUCUCUGAGAACAGACACUUCAUAAUCUAUCUCCUCAUCGGCUGGGGAUUCCCCACCGUGUUUCUGAUUCCAUGGAUUAUAUGUAGGAUUUACCUUGAGGACACAGGAUGCUGGGAGAGAAAUGAUGUUACGAUUCCCUGGCGGUUGAUUAACUGGCCAAUCAUGGCAUCUGUUAUUUUAAACUUUAUCCUGUUCAUCAGCAUCAUUCGAAUCCUGGUCCAGAAACUGAGGUGUCCUGAUGUCGGAGGAAAUGAUCAGUCCCAGUACAGGAGGUUGGCCAAAUCCACACUUCUCUUGAUCCCUCUCUUUGGCAUCAACUAUGUUGUUUUUGUUUACAUCAUAGAGGAAAAUGGAGAGAUGGAAAACUAUAAAAUAAUCUUUGACCUUGGUCUGGGAUCUUUUCAGGGCUUGGUGGUUGCGAUUUUGUACUGUUUUUUGAAUAGUGAGGUCCAGAGCGAACUCAAGAGGAAGUGGCGGAGUUUGCGUUUAAAGCGUUACAUCGGUCAAGACUACCGUCUGCACAGUUCAUCCAUUUCCAGAAACGGCACGGAAAACAUGGUCCGAUUCCAUCGGAACUCCAGAGCCCAGUCUUUCCUACAGACUGAGACAACCGUGGAGUGAGACAUCCAGAAGCGGCGCUGUAUGAAUCAUGCUCUUACUUCACUGCCCCUCAGCUUACAACUCAGUAUUUUUCAAAAGCUUUAAGCUGAAGAGGACAAAGCUUUCUGAAGCAUGAGAUUGACGUGCAGGAGAUAUGAUGAGGAUUCAGAAUCUCUGAGGCACAACACUGUUUUGUUAGUAUACAAUGCAAAAUCUUGUUUCAUAGCACAUUUUGCUAUAAACCACCAAAAUAGCACAUUAAACCAAAUCUCUGUGGGAUAAUAUUGGUUGCAUUAAAAACUACAAUUCCAUUUUUUCAGAUGCAGAUUACAUAUACAUUGCUCUUUGUAAACUCUUUCAUUGCAUUAGGGUCAGAUUAUAUAAUAGUGUUAUGUAAAUGCUACUUAAGGCCCACAGCAAUUUUCUUAGACGUUAAUGAAGACACAGCGCUAUCAACUCAGCCACCUCACCAAGAACAUGUAUUGAAUGAAUUCAAGAAGUGGGUCACCUCAAUGCCAAACUCAAAUGUGAGGUUUUCUAAAGAGGACAUUAUAGCUGGAGGUGUCCAAAUUAGCCAGGGACUCAUUUCAGGAGAGUAUGUGUUACUUCAGAUUCAUGUUAAAGCUGACAAGUCAGUCGUGCAUUCAAACGAAAAAUGGUGAUUGUAAGAAAAAGCAAAAAUUAUUUAACUGUUAUUGAACUGUUCUUGCAUCUACAGCAUUUGAUAGUGUUAUGUUGUCAUUAUACUACCCCUUGGACUUUUUCCCCCUCUUAUAUUCUGUGAAGAAAAGCCACAAUAUAAAAAAAAUAUUAUUUUUGCUUUUGUGUUGCUCUGCCUCACAUUGUCAGGGGGGUUGGGGAAUUGUACACUGCAGUGAAUCCGGUGCUCUUUCCAUUCAGCUGAAAAACAGAUAAUUAAUCCAGUAGACGGUUGGAUGCAGAUUUAGGACAAGUGAACUGACUAAACAGUGAGUGUGAAGGCGUAUGAAAGUGACAUUUCAGUGUGAGCUGUGCUCAGCGUUAUUGUCGCAAACAGAUUCUGGGAACUGCAGUCCAGAGACUUCACGACGGAUUGGAGAGGAGAUCGGAUCUCUUACAGCCUGGCCUGAGGAGUGAGAGGUCCCCGGGACACCACAUGCGAGGUUGUGUUCAUUUAAAGUGACACAGAUGCCAUGGGCUGAGGCAUUCAGCAUCAUUAUCAGAUGGUCAAAGGGAGAAGAAAAGAUGGAGCUUUAAUUAGAGCUGGCAGAAUUGAAUUGUGGGCGACUCUGAAUUAAAUAUUGAGGGAGGGUUUCCGAGUUUAUUGUGUAAUAAAGUAUGCCUUCAUUUUGAAAGACGUCUUGGUCUGUGAAGAAUAUGGUGUGUUUGACAGAUGCAUUUAUGAUGUAGAAAAAAAUAUAUAACAGGCCAUAAUGUUGUGCACUUCUCUUUAAUUGUGUUUAACCAUUUGCAAUGCUUAGUUGGAAAAUUUGGAAACGUUUUUCGGUUUUUACAUUUUUGCUGAAUGUUUCUUGUAGACUGUAUUGAGAUUUUUUAUUAAAUGUGAAAGUUGUUUUUAAACUGC